GUUCUUCUAGAUCACGGAAAAGCCAGCACCAUGGUAGCGUUAAUGAAAGUUUAUCAAGAGGAAGAUGAAGCAUAUCAGGAAUUAGUUACCGUGGCAACCAUGUUCUUUCAGUAUUUACUGCAGCCAUUCAGAGAUAUGCGAGAAGUUUCGACCUCAUGUAAGCGUGAUAUUUUGAAGUCCCUGAAUGAGAAUGACCUGGGUCCUAAAAGGGUGCUUGCCCUACAGAAGGAAGCCAGUGAAUGGACCAGACAGACUGAAGAAGCAGUGGUCUCUAUUCAAGAUAUCACUGUGAAUUAUUUUAAGGAAACAGUAACGGCAUUAACAGGAAUGCAGAAACAAAUGGAGCAGGAUCGGAAGAGGUUUGGCAAGGCUGCCUGGGCCACAGCUACGCCCAGGCUAGAAAAUCUCCAGCUCAUGUUAGCUCAGGAGACUCUGCAGCUCAUGAAAGCCAAAGAGCUGUGUCUCAACCACAGGUGCGCUGAAAUCCAGAGGAAGGUUAAAGAUCUUCCAGACCAAGGAAAGAAUAUAGAUGCUGUAGAUGAGCUAGAAAUACAGUAUUACGAGAUUCAGUUGGAGUUGUAUGAUGUUAAACUAGAGAUCCUGAAAAGCGAAGAGAUGAUCCUGGUCUCACGGUUGGACUCUGUUAAGAGACUUAUAAAAGAGAAACAGGAGGAAGUUGUCUAUUACGAUGUGUGUGAAAGCCCGGAGGAGCUGGAGAACGUGGCUGAUGACCUGGAGCUGCACCUUGAUCAGGAUGAAGAGCUGAGAGCACUCAGGCAGCAGUACCGGCAGCUGGAGGCUCAGCGGGGCCGCAUCUGUGCCAGAAGGGCCCACCUCAGGAACAGAAAGGAUCACUGCCGAGAAAACCAUCAGCUCAGACUGCAGCAGGCUCAACAGAGUGUGAAAUAUUUUCACCAGCACCACAAUAUUCAGAUGAAAAGAAACAAAAUGAAAGAAGAGGAACAAAAGAAAAAAGAAUGGUUAAAUCACGAACGUCAAAAAACACUUGAGCGACUAAGAGCAUAUAGGGAGAAGGGGCAAGCUCCUUGGUCUGCACUGAAAACAACCUGCUCAGAAACCAUGGUGCCAAACCUGUCAGGUGGACGCUCUCAGAAGAGGUCCUCAACUGCUCAUCACAAAGUAGCUCAUCGUGCCUCAAGCAAAACCAGAAGUGUUACUCCCUUACCUGAAGCUAUUAGGAAAACUCCUGAGUAUCAAGAUACCGAUAACAGUAUCCCGGUCCAGGUGUUUGUUCCAGAUGGCAACCAACUCUCCAGUGAGGGUCUGUCACUGCCACCACUGCCACCACAGCCACCACCUCCUCCGCCACUGCCUCCGCCUCCACCACCACUUCCUCUCCCUACUCCGUCCUCUUUUCAAGCUACCACUCAUCAGAAUGUAGGACUCAGGACUUUAGAAACAGAGGACCAGCCAUGCUCUCUAGUGUGCAAGGUGUCUGAGGAAAGACCAUGCGAUUGCCUGGAGGACUUGCACUGUACAGGCUCUAUGAAUGAAGUGUUGGCCUCCCUACGGCAGGGCAGGGCCUCUCUCAGGAAAGUAGCAGCACCUACCUUGUCCCCUCCCAGCACCUCAGUCAAUGAACAAGUCCUGGCUGCCAUCAGGCAGGGGGUACAGCUGAAGAAAGUCCACCCAGAUGGGGGCAAGAAGCACACCAGUGACCUGGAGAGGAGCAUCAGGGCAGCCCUGGAAAGAAUCAAGAAAGUGUCUUCUACUGACUCAGAGGACAGUGAUGAGCAGGGUCCUGUCGAGUGGGACCACUAGGGUCUCCAGGUGACAAAGGCAGACAGGCCUAUAAACCCUAGACAGCAAGAGUUCCCUGAGACUACUCUGUGGCCUUAACACUGGAGAGCAGUGGAGGUGUGGUAACUGUCACUCCCCACAGUAGGUUGGUCAUGGGAGCAGUACUGUGUCUACCCUAGAGGCACUGAGCUGGAGGUGCAGCCCGUGGUAUACGUUAGAUAGUGUGCUUCCAUGUGUAUGCACACUGGUUCCUCAGACUUAAAGGCUUGAAUGUGAACAUAAUUUUAGCAAUAAUCAGAAUAAAUUGCAUAUAUUCCAGGAUUACUUUAAAUAAAACUUAUUUUGUGUAUCAGCACUACAGAAGCUCAUAAUAAACAAUAUUUAUAAUGCA